AUGCUGUGGAUCCUGUGUCUGGCACUCUGUGGCCUGCUGACCCGCACACGCGCUGACCCCGGGGCACUGCUGCGGCUGGGCAUGGACAUCAUGAAUCACGAGGUCCAGAGUGCCAUGGAGGAGAGUCACAUACUGGAGAAGAUGGCAGCGGAGGCCAGCAAGAAACGGCCCGGGGUGAAACCCAUUAAGGGCAUCACCAAUAUGAAGGUGAAGGAUGUGCUACUACCUGUCAUCAGCCUGAGCUUCACACCUGGAGUGGGCAUCUUCCAGUGUGUAUCCACCGGCAUGACCAUCACUGGCAAGAGCUUCAUGGGUAAGAACAUGGAGAUCAUCGUGGUCCUAAACAUCACAGCCACCAACCGGCUUCUGCAGGAUGAGGAGACGGGCCUCCCCAAGUUCAAGAGUGAGGGCUGUGAGGUCAUCCUGGUCAGCGUGAAGACCAACCUGCCUAGCAACAUGAUGCCUAAUGUUAUCAACAAGUUCCUGGACAGCACUCUACACAAAGUUCUCCCUGGCCUGAUGUGUCCAGCCAUUGAUGCAGUCCUGGUGUACGUGAACAGGAAGUGGGCCAACCUGAAUGCCCUCAUGCCUGUGGGCCAGAUGGGCAGUGUUAAGUAUGUCCUGACAUCCAUACCGACCACCGCAGCCAGCUACAUCCAAGUGGACUUCAGUCCUGUGGUGCAGCAACAAGACGGCAACACCAUUGAGCUUGCUGAUGCCGGGGAGGCCCCUGAGUUCCCCGCGGACUCUGCUGAAGGCUCCUCACAGCUGCUGCUCUCAGCCGCCUUCCUCACAGCAGAGCUUGCCCUUCUGCAAAAGUCCUUCAAUUUGAACAUCCACGAAACAACAAUUGGUGAGCUGCCCCCACAAACCACUGAGACACUGGCUGGCUUCAUCCCUGAAGUGGCUGAGGCCUAUCCCAAGCCGAAGCCCUUGGUGACUCAGAUCAGAAUAAAUAAGCCCCCCAAGGUCACCAUGAAGACAGGCAAGAGCCUGCUGCACUUCCAUGGCACCCUGGAGAUGUUCGCUGCUCGACGGCGGGGCAAAACUCCUGUGUCUCUCUUUCUCCUGGAAGUUCACUUUAACCUGAAAAUCCAGUACUCAGUGCAUGAGGACCGGCUACAGAUGGCUACCUCUCUGGGCAGAUUACUGAGCCUGGCCCGGGAGUCCUCAUCAAUUGGUGCCUUCGAUGAGAAGGAAUUGACUGGCUUCAUCGCUGAUUUUCUCCGAGAAGCUUACAUCCCAGCCGUCAACGAUGUGCUCCAAGUCGGCCUCCCACUUCCGAACUUCCUGGACAUGAAUUACAACCUGGCAGAGCUGGACAUAGUAGAGAACGCCCUGGUGCUGGACUUGAAGCUGGACUGAUUGGGACAGGAUUCGCCUGCCAGCUGCCUACACACCACCAACUGGCUGCACCCCGUGGAAGAGCCUCUGAUCGGAGCUGGUGGGCUGGGCCCCCUACCACAGCUCGCUGCUUCCUUUGACGAGGAGUGAACAGGGCAGGCCUGCGCUGGGGACUUGGCAAUAAAAAA